AUGGCGACGCCGAUGCCCCGGGAUGAGACAGUUUGUAAAUACUGCGGAGUCAGCUAUUUGAUACUUCAUGAAUUUAAGGUGAUGGAAGAAAAAGUAAAAGCAAUGGAAAAGGAGAUUAAAUUUUAUAAAGGAAGUAUAGAGCGGGAAAAACGUCUCCAGGAAGAACUGCAGACACUUUGCCAAGACCUUGAACACAGUCGAGCUGACAGUCAGUCAAAAGCAGAAAGAAAUACACUGGAACACCAUUGCUCAACUCUCAACAAGGCGCUCUCCUUAUUUCCUUUUAUUCGGAGUGAACUAGACAGCAUUAAAGAGGUUGUAUCUAGUAACCUAGAAAACUGGGCUGCCCUGAAGGAAGAAAUUUUUCUACAAAUAAAGGCAGUUAGCAAAGAAGCUUUGGCAGAAAUAUGCAGAUUGAAUCAAAGACUGUCAAAAUCCCAGAGAGAGAAUGAGUCCCUCCAAGAAAAGGUGAAACGUCUCACUUUGGUGGCUGAUACUGUCGAGUUGAAAACACAACAGCUUCAAGCUUCACGUCAGCAGGAGAGUGAGCUGCAAAAUAGGUGUCGGGAACUACAAAAAGAAACGUUAGGUUUAACUAGCCAAGCGGAGGCGGUGGGAGCGGAGCUGCGGCAGGUCACGGCGGAGAUGGAGCACUACAAGAAGCUGCUCACGUAA